AUGCUUGAAACUUUUAAGUACCUAAUCGGCUCCGCCGGCCCGAGUGGGUUCGGCUCCAAGUCCACCGCCGACCAAGUCACCGACCACUGUCCUGAUCUUCGCUCCAUCACGGCCAUCAUCACAGGUGCCACCUCUGGGAUUGGAGCUGAGACGGCUAAGGUGCUGGCUAAGCGCGGAGCACGACUUGUCUUGCCGGCAAGGGACCUUAAAGCCGCCGAGGAUACUAAGGCUCGCAUUGUUUCGGAGUUUCCACAGUCAGAAGUUAUCAUUAUGGCUCUUGAUCUUAGCUCUCUCGACUCUGUACGAAGAUUUGCAUUCGAGUUUGAGUCUCUCAAUUUGCCUCUCAAUCUCCUCAUAAACAAUGCCGGAAAAUUCUCGUACAAUCACGGCAUUACUGAGGAUGGGAUUGAAAUGAGUUUUGCUACUAAUUAUCUAGGUCAUUUUCUGUUGACGAAGUUAUUGCUGAGUAGUAUGAUCAAAACGGCAAAAACAACUGGCUUUCAAGGAAGAAUCGUGAAUGUGUCGUCGAAUAUUCAUACCUGGAUUUCUGGGGAUUUUAUUAGUUAUCUUUGUUCCAUAACAAAGAAUAAAUGUGAAUACGAUGGGACACGUGCUUACGCUCUGUCGAAGUUGGCUAACGUUUUACAUACCAAGGAACUUGCCUACAGACUUCAGGAAAUGGACGCAAACGUGACGGUAAAUUGUGUUCAUCCCGGGGUGGCAAGAACUAGACUCACUAGAGAUCGCGAAGGCUUCAUUACUGAUCUUGUGUUCUUCUUGGCUUCAAAAUUUUUGAAGACGAUUCCUCAGGCGGCUGCUACGACUUGCUAUGUAGCAACCCAUCCAAGACUCGUAAAUGUGAGUGGAAAAUACUUUUCUGAUUGUAACGAAGCUUUAACCUCCAAGCUAGGAUCCAAUACAACCGAGGCUGCAAGUGAUGGAAAGAACAAAUCCGAUGCUUGUCGGAUUGGAAAUGUUAUUGGAGUCGGAAUUGCACUGGGAUCUGUUGGUGGAGGGAUGAAUGGAAAAAGUGAUGGCUCUAAUGUAGAUUCAUCUGGUGGCGGGAGAAAGACUUGUGAUGACUCUUGUAGUGGUGCUGGUAUUAGGAAAAGAGGUGGCUCUGACUUAGAUUCAUUUGGUGGGGGAGGAAGACUUGUGGUGACUUUGUUGGUGCUGUGA